GGUUUUGUCAUUAAAACAACAUUUCAUUUCAAUUUGAUUUCAAUCACAAGAGCAAGUUGCAGCUAUUGUGUAGAUAUUUAUAUUUACAUAAAACCUAAGUUUUAAGCGAAAAAACGUCUAACAUACAGGAAAUAACGUCGACAGCAAUGAGUAACGUCCCUGAAAAUGCACCUAACCAUUGCCCUGGAACCCAGAGCGAGGAUGCGGGGAAGGCGUCAGCUUGUGCAGGUUGCCCCAAUCAGAACAUUUGCGCGUCAGGUGUGCCAGCAGGACCAGACCCUGCAAUAGAGUUGAUAAAGAACCGUCUCAGUAAUGUGAAGCAUAAGAUCCUGGUGCUGUCAGGCAAGGGUGGGGUGGGCAAGAGUACGCUCACCUCCCUACUUGGGCAUGGACUGGCUGCAAGGUUUCCCGAUAAGAAUAUCGGCAUUCUCGACGCGGACAUCUGCGGGCCGAGCCAGCCGCGCAUGCUCGGCGUGCGCGGAGAACAAGUCCACUAUUCCGGCUCUGGAUGGUCACCUGUUUACGUGGGUGAUAAUCUGUCGCUGAUGUCUAUCGGCUUCCUACUGGGCAGUCCUGACGACGCCGUCAUAUGGAGGGGGCCCAAGAAAAACGGUAUGAUCAAGCAGUUCCUGAGCGAGGUGGAGUGGGGCGAGCUGGACUAUCUGCUCAUUGACACGCCGCCAGGCACGUCGGACGAGCACCUGUCGGCGGUGCAGUACCUGUCGGGCGCGGGUCUGUCGGGCGCGCUGGUGGUGAGCACGCCGCAGGAGGUGGCGCUGCUGGACGUGCGCAAGGAGCUGCACUUCUGCCGCAAGCUGGGCGUGCGCGUGCUCGGCGUCGUCGAGAACAUGGCCGUCUUCGUCUGCCCCAACUGCAAGAGCCGCAGCGAGGUGUUCCCGGCGACGACGGGGGGCGCGGGGGCGAUGUGCGAGGAGCUGGAGGUGCCGCUGCUGGGCGCGCUGCCGCUGGAGCCGCUGCUGGCGCGCGCCACUGACACCGGCCACAGCUACCUGCAGCUGCACCCGCCCGCCUCGCAGACCCUCGCCGCCAUGGAGCAGAUACUUGACAAGAUCGUAGCGGCGUGUGAGAGCACCAGUUGAAUUUUUACAUUUGCUGUCUUUCUGAUGACUGUUUAAUUAACAUAAAAAUCGGACAAAUAAAAAUUCUGUUGAGCUUUCGAACAAAUAU